AUGGAGCAGGCUAUGAAGAGCUGGGAGUUGGAAAACUCCAUCAAGCUCGUCGACCCCACCCGCGACGCCCUCUACAACUACGACUCUGAAGCACAAAAGGCCAUCAGCAAUGCGCGGCCGUGGAAGGCGGACCCGCACCACUUCAAGCACGUGCGCAUCAGCGCGGUGGCGAUGCUGAAGAUGGUCAUGCACGCGCGGGCGGGCGGUGCCAUCGAGGUCAUGGGCAUCAUGCUGGGCUACGUGCGGGGCGACACGUUCGUGGUGACGGACGCGCUGCGGCUGCCGGUCGAGGGCACCGAGACGCGCGUCAACGCCCAGGAUGAGGCCAACGAGUACCUGGUGCAGUACCUGGAGCGCUCGCGCGACGCGGGCCAGCUGGAGAACGCCGUCGGCUGGUACCACAGCCACCCGGGCUACGGCUGCUGGCUGUCCGGCAUCGACGUCAGCACGCAGGCCACGCAGCAGACGUUCGGCGACCCGUUUCUGGCUGUGGUUAUUGAUCCGGAUCGCACGGUGUCGGCGGGCAAGGUCGAGAUCGGCGCGUUCCGCACGUACCCGGAGGGCUACAAGCCUGAGACCAGUGCCGCUAGUGGUGAUGGGUUUCAGACGAUUCCGCUGGGGAAGAUCGAGGACUUUGGCGCGCACUCGGACCGCUAUUAUGCGCUCGAGGUGUCCCACUACAAGAGCACGCUCGACAGCCGCAUCCUCGAGAGCCUGUGGAACAAGUACUGGGUCGGCACCCUGUCCAGCAGCCCGCUGCUGACCAACCGCGACUACGCCACCAACCAGAUCGCCGACUUGGCUCGCAAGGUGCACGAGGCGGAGCUCGCGAAGACGGGCUUCGGAAUGGGCUUGGUGGGGAAAUUGAAGAGCGAGCGCGCGAACACGGGUGAGGAUGAGAGGCUUGAGAAGUUGGCGCGCGCGGCGGCGAAGAUUGCGCAGGAGGAGAGGACGGGCUUGAUGGCGGCGGAGGUUAAGGAGAAGGUUUUUGCGUCGGGUGGCGUCGUCGUGCCGCCGGCUGAGGCUACGCUGGCGGCGGUUGCUGCUACUGCUGCUGCUGCUGCUGCUGCUGCACCGGUGCCGGGCGAGGAUGGCGAUACGGAGAUGAAGGCUUGA